UGUUGCAAAAAUGUCUGGCCGUGGUAAAGGAGGCAAAGGUCUUGGUAAAGGGGGUGCCAAAAGGCAUCGCAAGGUCUUGAGAGAUAACAUCCAGGGUAUCACAAAACCAGCAAUUAGGCGCUUGGCAAGACGAGGUGGAGUAAAGCGUAUUUCCGGCCUCAUCUAUGAGGAAACGCGAGGAGUUCUGAAAGUUUUCUUGGAAAAUGUGAUCCGAGAUGCUGUCACCUACACAGAGCAUGCCAAGAGGAAAACUGUCACUGCUAUGGAUGUCGUUUAUGCAUUAAAGAGACAGGGACGUACUCUAUAUGGAUUUGGAGGUUAAAUAUCAUUACCUUGCCCUA